AUGCGCGUUAACCACCUCUUGCUGUUGGCCGCUGCGGCCUUUUUUGCUAGCGCUCACGCUGCUUCGGCCACCGCAAAUACGGAGCAAACGAAGAUGAUCUGGACACGCGAGACCGGCGCUACCAGCAGAUUCCUGGGGAAGCACGGCGAAGCCCACGCUGGUAUGCAAGACGACGGCGACGGCGAAGAAGAGAGGGCGUUCAACUUGGAAAUGAUUGCCAACUGGUUCAAGAGCUUCGGCAGCGAGAAGUUGGAUGACGUGGCCCCCAAAAUGAAUAGUGAAAUGAACAACCUAAACAAGCUGGAUGACGUGGUGGACGCAAAGAAGCUGGACGACGUGGUGGAUGCAAAGAAACUUGACGACACGGCUGAUCUCAAGAAGCUUAACGGCGCGAAGAAUGAGAUCAGCUCUGAGGAGAUGGACAAGACUUUCGUACAGGCCUUUGACGAUUGGAAGACUCGGAAGUUUAGCUUGAAACAGGCUGCUCAGGAAAUGCGGGACAGCGGCGUCAAGGACGAAGCUGCAAUCGAGCAAGUGAUGAUCUGGUACUACAUCUUCGCUACACGCGUAAAGUAG